AUGAAGUCUCCUUCACCCCAUGAUGAGCCGGGCCUGUGGCUCGGGGAGGUGGAGCUGGCGCCCGAGGAGGCGGCGCAGGACGGGGCGGAGCCGGGCCGCGUGGACACCUUCUGGUACAAGUUCCUGAAGCGGGAGCCGGGCGGAGAGCUCUCCUGGGAAGGCAAUGGGCCUCAUCACGAUCGCUGCUGUACUUAUAAUGAAAACGACUUGGUGGAUGGUGUUUAUUGUCUCCCCAUAGGACACUGGAUCGAGGCCACUGGGCACACCAAUGAAAUGAAGCACACCACUGACUUCUAUUUUAAUAUCGCAGGCCACCAAGCCAUGCAUUAUUCAAGAAUUCUACCAAAUAUAUGGCUGGGUAGCUGCCCUCGCCAAGUGGAACACGUAACCAUCAAACUGAAGCAUGAAUUGGGGAUUACGGCUGUAAUGAAUUUCCAGACAGAAUGGGAUAUUGUACAGAAUUCUUCAGGCUGUAACCGCUACCCAGAACCCAUGACUCCAGACACCAUGAUUAAGCUAUACAAGGAAGAAGGUUUGGUUUACAUCUGGAUGCCAACACCGGAUAUGAGCACUGAAGGCCGGGUGCAGAUGCUGCCGCAGGCCGUGUGCCUGCUGCACGCGCUGCUGGAGAACGGACACACGGUGUACGUGCACUGCAACGCGGGCGUGGGCCGCUCCACGGCGGCCGUGAGCGGCUGGCUGCGCUUCGUGCUGGGCUGGAGCCUGCGCAAGGUGCAGUACUUCCUCAUGGCCAAGCGGCCGGCCGUCUACAUCGACGAAGACGCCUUGGCCCGGGCGCAGGAGGAUUUUUUCCAUAAAUUCGGGAAAGUUCGUUCUUCCAUUUGUAGCCUAUAGCUGGCGAAGCUGCCUCCCGUCCCUGCGGAUUUCCCUGAGAAGCCUGGGUGACACGUGAAUCCAGUGACCUGGAAACACAGAUUCUCCCUGUGCGGGAGAGACUGGGUGUCCUGCCCCAACGCCGCCCCCUUUCAUCUGAGGACGACUUUCUGAUAUGCUUUGGUUGGGCUGUAUCUUUGAAAUAUGUUGCAAAGAAAGCUGUGACUGACACAGGAGAAAAAGCCCAAAGCAGCCGGGCUGGGCUUCAGACACAAAGGCAGCGCCUGCCCACCAUAGUCCUUUGCUUUGCGGUGCUGCCAGUGUCCCAGGGCAGCACUUUCUUGGUGCACUGUAACUCUCUGGUGUGCAGAAAAAAAGUUAGGGAGUUACGUAGAUUGCAUCACGUGUGCGUGUGCGUGGGCAAGGGCAGGUGUACACACACACUUGCACGUUGCUCUCCUGCUGAACUGAACUGACCUUGUAAAACAGGAGCUGGUCCGGUGGAGUCUGACAAGGCCGGAGCUCAACACCGCACAAAGCUACCAGCUUUCUAGGCUGUUUUUUAUCCUGCUCCCAAGGCAUCACCUUCCUUAUGUUCUCAACAACCCUGUGACAAUCAACAUAGAAUUAUUAUCUAUCUGUUUUAACUGAGGCAUAAUGAGUGUAAGCAGCUUGCUCAAGAAGAUCUCAUGGUUAAUCCAGGACCAGCUGGAGUUAAUAAUCUCUGUUUUGGGGUCUUGGUGCUUUUUUCCACACAACUUGUUGUUUUUCUAGCAUCGUGUUGUGAAUUCAGUUUUGUCUGUCUCAGAGUAAGGUUGAUAUCCCUGCAGGAGUUCCUACAAUAAGACUUAGGACAGUACUCUGAUCAGUUGCCAAAGAAUUUAGGAAGGUAGUUGUAUUUUGUGCAAACUAGUUUAAAGCACAGUGAGCUAGGUCAAAGCCGGUGUGUCCUGAGCCGUAGCUCUCCAGAGGAAGCAUAUGAAGUAUGAGCCAAAGAGCCCAAAGAGCCAAAACCCACAGAUAAUCGUUCCACAGCCUAAGACACGCUGGUGCAGCCCUCAGGUUAGGACAAUGCACAGCUACUGGGUCUCCACAAUUCACAAUUUACUCUCCCGGUUUCCACAGGAGACACACAGAUGAACAAAACUUUGAAAGUUUACAUCCUAGAAACAGACCUGUGUUCAAACAGCUAAUACAGGAUGGAACAGUGAGUGACAUGCUGGAACAGAAAAUGGGAAAGGGUCUUGUUACUGAGCGCUCACUCUCUGCUAGGUGCUUUGCAGUUGUAUCCAGUUUAAUCUUCACAGUUCCCAGUGAGGGAGGCUUCAUUAUCUGUGUUACGUGGAUCAGGAAUCUGAGGCUCAGAGACGUUAAAUCAUCUGUUCAUGGUUACAUGGUAAAUACACGAAAUGAGACACAGAGCUAGAUUUAUCCGACUCAAAGCUUUUGCACUUUUUCUGUUACACUAUGUGCUUAUUUUUCUGCUCCUUUUCUUCCCCAAAUCCGUAUUGAUAAGUAUUACUUUGGUUUAGAAGGCAUUGGGCAUAGGAAGGACAUGUGGUAAGUUUCACUGGAGCUCAGAGGAAAGGGGGGAGGUCUUAUAAAUGUGGCAGGUAAGGAAGGUGAUAGUUGCUUGGGGAUGGGAGGGUAGACGGGACAUAUUUCUCAUACAAUUUUACAAGUUAAUUUUAUAAACCAGCAUUAAGCAAUGUGAAGUCCAGCUCUCUUGCUAAAAAUGCUAGAGGUAACUAUUGUGUUUAAGUAGAUCAUAGUUAUAAUGUGUAAGAUUUAAUCUUAAAAAUGGAAUAUUUUUAGGGUUUUUGUGUGUGUGUGUGUGUGUAUGUGUGUCAGUUUCCUUAACAUCGAGGAAAUCCAGCUACAUAAUUUCCACCAUAGAAAGACCUUUUUGUGGUGAUUUUUUUCAUUUUUCCCUUUUUGCGCUGAUAGACAAAAUCUAUUUAAGACUACUGAAGAAUGUUUUGGAAUAAAUUCUCUCUGAUCUUCAGUGAAUGAGAUGUUUAAUAUAUUUCAAAAUCACCUGACUUGUUUGUUAAA